AGUUUUAACCGCAGGCUGAGUCGACAGCAGCAGUCGCGACCCGAACGAGCGAACAAACGACAGCCUACCCGGACAGGAUGACGCGCGCGGCCAUCUUGUUGUCGCUGCUGCUGGCGGCGGGCGCCGCGCAUGCGCAGCAGCUGGAUAGUGAAGAGGGGGAGGAGGAAGACCAGCGAGACGCGCGCCAGGCGGGCGGCUACUAUACGUCACUGCCCCAGCAGUCCAGGUCGCCAUCCAGGUUCAACUACCGGCCGGACGACGACGAGGCGCUGUCGCGCAACACGGUGGCCCCGUCGCCCGCCCCCGCGCUGCUGUCGGGGCAGUCGGCCUACCGCCCCCGGGGGCAGGCGCCGCUCGACUCCGCCGCCCAGCAGCAGAGGCCGCAGCCGCAGCUGCGCCGCCCCCCGCCCCCCGCCCAGACGCAGCAGCAGCUGCUGCAGGAGGAGCAGCUGCGGGCCGAAGAGGAGCUGGAGGAGGAGAAGCCGGACCGACUGACGCUGCUGCUGCCGCAGUCCAAGUUCGACUGCGCCGGCAAGACCGGCUACUACGCCGACGACGGCCUCAACUGCGAGGUGUUCCACUACUGCCAGGACAACCAGCGCCACUCGUGGAUCUGCCCCGAGGGCUUCCUCUUCCACCAGGUACACCUGAUAUGCAUGCCGCCGAGCGGCGACAACAUCUGCAAGCAGUCGACGCAGUACCACUUCGUCAACGACUACCUGUACCGGCCCAUCAACACGGAGGAGGCGCAGAGCCGGCCCAACGUAACGCUGCGCUACUCGGACCGCUACUACCCGGACAACUACUACGAGAACCUCGAGGAGCAGCCGCAGCCCCAGCAGCCGCAGCAGCAAGUGGUUUACACGCAGCCGUCGCCGCUGCCGCAGAGGAUACCCCUGCAGACGGUGGCCCCGCAGCGCGCGAGACCCCUGCACGUGCAGGCGGUGCAGAGGCCGGUGCAGCUGUCCCUCCAGCCGACGCCCCGCCUCCCCCAGGUGGUGUCCCAACAGCAGCUGAGGCCCCAGCCCACGCAGCAGCAGCAGCUGAGGCCCCAGCCGCCGACGCAGCAGGUGUUCCGCUCCCCCGAGGAGGUCAACAUCCCCCUCCAGCACCGCCGGCCGGCGCCCACCACGCCGCAGCCGCCCAGGACCUACCAGCCCGUCAACGAGGACGAGGAGGACUACGACUACGACGACCCACCGUUCAGGGGCUGAGCGGGAGAUAACCCCCCCCCCCCCACCCCCUUUCCCAUCUGUACACCAGCGUUCCCAUUCCACCAACUUCAUUCUGGCCGGCGCGGCGUCGGUAGACACCGCCGGCGCGUUCCGGAGCAGCCUGCCGCGCAAUGGGGCUCGCCGCCAUCUUGAACUCAUCGCCGCCAUCUUGGAAUUCUAGCCGCCAUCUUGAAUUUUAGAAAUUUUUUUUUCAAAACAUCUCGCAGUGCAUGUUUAUAAACUUUCAUAUUUUUUUAAAAGCCCUCCAAAGCCUCGAAACGUUCUUAUGCACUGAGCGUUCACUCGACCAAUUUUCGACUUUUUAGUUUUCAAGCGCUCUCAAGACAUCUUAUCCGAUACAUAAUAUAAAUAUGAUUAAAAAAAAAUCCAUUCUAAGCUCACGCUCUAGAAUCCGAGUAGAAAGCAACAAUAUCACCUACCACCAGAUUUCUGUCAUUUUAAUUUUUUUAAAUUUUUUCGAAACAUCUGAAAAAUUUCGCGGUUUAAAUGACCUUCAGGAUAGACUCCACAGACCUCUGCAUACUAGGAUAAAUGCCACCUUUUGAUUGACUCUUGACUCGCGAGAAUUCUCAACUGGGUGGCCUGUGAUUUGAUUCUUCCUUGGUUGAGGCCCAGUGUCCUUCUCGUGAACUGUGAACCAACAGCAAAAAAAACACAGAGGUGAAGUUGCUUGAAUUUUAACCUAUCACGAACUGAAUCCACGAAUUUUUUUUUCGGUUCUACUUAUAGUUUAUAUUAAAACCAUUAAUUUUUAUUGUUACCUGCCGAACAUGCAUAUUAAAGUGCAGACGAGACACGUUGGAAAAACCUCCUGUACGGGGACUUAACCGAUUAUCAUCAAAAUAAUGAAGAAACUAAAUUAAUAUUGGAGCAUAGUAAGUCUGCUUCUAUCUCCUAGGUGAACUACAAGCAGGAUAAUGAUGACAGAAAGUAAAGUAAUUAACACGGUAAAUAUUAUCGUUAAGUCAUUAGAAACUUUAUUUCAACAGUCAACAUUUUGAUUCCGUAUUGGUGAGAUUAAAAGGACGAAUUAGUUGUGGCAAAACAUCCAGCUAAUGUAUAAACGUAUUCUGUAGUAUGUGAGGUCCUGUGCAGUCUCUCACGAUGUCAGUGACUAUGUACUUCAGAUCUAGAUAAUUCUAGAGUUUCAAGAUGGUGGAUAAUAACAUAGCUCAAGAGGGAGUCCUUGCUGUCUCAUGCAUGCUGCUCGAAACUGAAAAUGCCAAACAUAAUUUGUUGCUCGAUUAGGAUAUUAGGUUAUUUCGCCCGAUUCGUUGGUUACUACUGCGAAAUAAAUGCUUGUGUUAUACUGACAAGUAUCGAUGCAAGCGGUUUGUUAUAAAUAUUUUUUUUUUGCAAUCACUUAGAUUACCUAAGUUAUCGCAGUUUUGUUUUACUAUUUCGUCUUUUGGCAACGAGUAUUACUUGUAUUUGACGUAAAAAAAAAUGCUGACUGGGCCUGCACUUGAAAAAAUAUACUUGAGUAAUUAAAAUUGGUUUUACAAAAUGAUGCAGCAUUGUUGCCUAGAGCAUGCUCUCAACUAAUGUGUCCAUUUUCGAAACCAACUUAUAAUAUGCCAUUUUCCUUAUAAGACUGCCAAUGAACUAAAUUUGUUCUCAUGUUGAACUCUCUAACACAGCAUGGCAAAUGAAUUACGGACAUAAGACAUUUUGGGGAAUUAAUUUUUGCUAGUCAUAUAUUAAAUGCCUCAAAAGAAAAAAAACUUCUUAGUUAACAUUUCUUGUUUUUAAUACGUUUUCACGAGUCAUUUAUCAAAUUCUAUAAUGUUCUAAAUGACUAAUUUUUGUGCGAGCAUACUAAUUAUGUAGCAUUUAUUGUUACGUACGAAAAAUAAAAAUCUUGCCACUUUCAUAAUUUAACGGCCUUUAAUAGUUAAAGAAUAUAUCAUAUUCCAAAAUACUCAAAUGAUAAAAAAAAGACAUUAUAAAUGAAAUUAUUGCUUCAAAUAUUACAGUCGUACACUCCUAUGGCCAACAUUUGUUGAAUAAUGUCUACGUUAUACGAUGGAAAAAAAAAAGGCCUUGAAAAAUGUGAAAACUUAUUGUGUAAUGUAUGUGAUAUUUUAUGUAAAUAAACAAAUAUAACGAAGAACAAA